GGCACGCAUGCGCGAAGAAGGAGCCCGCUGACAGAUUCGCAGCGGCAGCGGCGGCGGCGGCCCUGGUCCUGGACUGCGGGGAAUGGGAGUCCUCGGUCUCUGAGCGCCGCCCCCGCCUCCCUGCCCCCGACAUGGCUCAGGAGAAGAUGGAGCUAGACCUGGAGCUGCCUCCGGGUGCUGGAGGGAGCCCGGCGGACGGCAGCGGCACCGGCGCCGGCGGGGGCCUCCGGAGGUCUAACAGCGCCCCCCUCAUCCACGGCCUCAGUGACACUUCGCUGGUGUUCCAGGCCGAGGCGCCGAGCGCCAGGCGGAACAGCACAACGUUCCCGAACCGCCACGGCCUGCUGCUGCCGGCCUCCCCGGUCCGCAUGCACAGCAGCCGCUUGCAUCAGAUCAAGCAGGAGGAGGGCAUGGACUUGAUCAACCGAGAGACGGUCCACGAGCGAGAGGUGCAGAACGCAAUGCAGAUAAGCCACUCCUGGGAGGAAAGUUUUAGCCUGAGUGACAACGACGUGGAGAAGUCCGCCUCCCCGAAGCGCAUUGAUUUCAUUCCGGUGUCCCCAGCACCGUCACCCACCCGCGGGAUUGGGAAGCAGUGUUUUUCACCAUCCUUGCAAAGUUUUGUGAGUAGCAAUGGAUUGCCUCCGAGUCCUAUUCCCAGCCCAACGACUCGAUUUACUACCCGGAGAAGCCAGAGUCCCAUCAAUUGCAUUAGACCAAGUGUUCUUGGACCAUUGAAAAGAAAAUGUGAAAUGGAAACUGAGUAUCAGCCAAAGAGAUUUUUCCAGGGCAUCACCAACAUGCUUUCUUCUGACGUUACACAGCUGUCAGAUCCUGGCGUGUGUGUAUCUUCUGACACCCUUGAUGGAAACAGCAGCAGUGCGGGAUCUUCCUGUAACUCACCAGCGAAAGUCAGCACUACCACCGACUCUCCUGUGUCGCCUGCCCAAGCAGCCUCUCCAUUUAUUCCAGUAGAUGAACUUUCAUCUAAGUGAUUGACCCAUCCAUCCCAAGACUCGGGGGUGUUUUAUUGUUUUGUUUUGUUUUUGCAAUGGAGAAAAAAAAUCAAGUUGGAUCAAGCACUGAACUUUGUCAAUUAAUUUGAGGCUAUUUCCUAUCAGACCCUUUUCCUUUUUUUUUGGAAUUUCCUGAAAUGUUAUUCUAGAGAACUUUUAUGUCAGGUUCCUGCGGAUGCCCUUGAAUUCAGUGUAGUAAUAUUUUCAGACGUUUUCCCGAUAAGUGUGUUGAAGCAUACGUCUUUAUGCUGCUAAUAUGUUUAAAUACAUAUGUUAUCCCUUGAUUUUUUAAAAUAAUUGAGAGCUCUAUUUAUUUAUGGGAUUAAGUUCUGAUGCAAAUAUAAAUGUUGAAUUUAAUCAGCAUAGUAAACUGAUGUUUUAAAAUUCCAUAUUUCAUGCCCACACUAAUUUUUAGUAUUAUUUUUCAGUGAUUGCUAAUUUCUAUUUGAAGAAUAACUUACCUAUUUACAGCAGUUUUAAAAAAAAAUGUUAUAACACAUCAGUCCAGUGGUUGUCUCUUUUACCCGGGAAUCCUCGGAUAUUUAAUUUUCUGGGUACCUAAAUGGCAGGAGGGGGGAAUGCUAAAAGAACAAAAUCCAAAAGUUAGCAACAAAUCUUUUAAAAAUUGCAUAUAACCAUAAACAUUUAAGAAAAGCAUUUUCUAAUGAAAUUUUAAUAGAAGUUCUAAUGAGUCAUGCAAAUAUCACUACAGAAAAGUUAAAAAAAAUUAUUUUUGUUUUAGACCAGAAAGUGCAUUCUCUUGGGUAUAAUCCUGAAGUGGAACGGGCCGGUGUCUUGCAUCUCAGCCGACUGUGCACAGGCUGAGACCAGGUUCUUUGUAGCACUGCGAACUUCACUGUUUUCCAGACGUAGAAAACGUGGGAAGCCCUACUGGACUUGACCAGGGCCCCCAGGCAGAUAAAAGUCUCUCAGUGAUUGAUAUGCUUUAAAAUAUCCAAUUGUGCCUCCGUGAGAAUCCUUGCCAACAAGGAUCCAGAGUGACUCUUGGCUGCCUGUCUGCUCUGCCCAUCUGUCACGUUCCUGGUUUUCCCUGGCUCAGGAAGGAAACAGCUGUUUCCUUGCCAACAGGUCCUUCCUCCCCACCAAACUAGGGCAUCUCCGGCUAGACAGAGGUACAGUAUGGCUUGGAUUUCCGACAGGGAGCAGCGACAGAGCCAUGGAGCUGUUUCCGGAACCUCCGUAGUUAAAACUACAGCUUGAGUUGACCGCCAGUUGAUUGAGGGCCAGUGACAUGCGUGAGAAAAAUCAGUGGGGAGUCACAUAGGUAAACCAUGGCUUGACUUAGGUUUUGGUAGAAUUCUGAAAUGUUCUUUCCUUCGCCAUUUACAACUAAGACAAACUAUGGAAAUAUUUAAUAACAUGUUUUGAUAUUAUACUUUAUCUUCCUUUACUGGAUAGCUAGAAAGAAUGGCAGACAAAGGGGAGGGGGGAGCAAAAUAAAAUACCAAGACAAAAAACCCCGGCUUUCUUUACGUUACUGCUUACAGAGACUUGAACGAUCAUCUGGAAUUUUUACAACUAUGAGAAUAAAUGGAACUGGUCAGCUUUUGAAA